UCUAAGGAACGCCUAACCGCCAUGGCAGCGACUGUGCUCCUGCCCAGCGGCAGUAAUGUGUCUGUUAAGGUCCACCCGGUAGUUCUAUUCUCAAUCUGCGAUGCAUACACUAGACGUAAGGAGAACCAGGAUAGAGUUAUCGGCACUCUGCUUGGCGUCGUUGCUGACAAUGUGAUCGAGGUGAAGAACUGCUAUGUGGUACCGCACAACGAAAGCUCGGAGCAGGUCAUGGUCGAUGUUGUCCAUCACAAGACGAUGUUUGAGCUCCACCAAAAGGUGGCGCCGCACGAGUCCAUCGUGGGUUGGUUCGCAACCGGCUCGGACCUCUACAACAGCGACGCAUUGAUCCAGGAAUUCUACAGCAAGGAGUCCACACACCCGGUACACAUGGUCGUGGACACGACGCUCAAAGACGAGAAGUUCAGCGUCCAGGCUUACACUUCGCGAGUCUUGGCAUUGGGAGACAAGGUGCUGGCCACGGAGUUUAUUGAAAUCCCCUGCGACACCAUCGUUGGGGAUAUUGAGCGCGUCGGAGCCGAGCUCAUGCUGACCGGAUUCAACGACCCCAGCCCGGACGGCCGCCAGAAAGAGACGGCGAACAAGUCGUUUAGCGACGAGACGGAGACGCUGGCAGCAUCCAUGGCGCGAUUGGCGGACUUGGUGGCGAAGGCGUCGGACUACGUGGACGGUGUCAUGUCUGGCAAGGUGGUGGGCGAUCCUGCAGUUGGCCGAUACCUCGCCGACACGGUGGCGCUGGUGCCGCACCUGGCUCGACCCGACUUUGAGCGCAUCUUUAACGAGAGCGUGCAGGAUUCGAUGGUGGUUACGUACCUUUCGGACCUCCUCCGUGCACACGUGGGCCUGGCCGAGCGUCUGGGUACGGCGGCUCUGCCCAUCAUGUAA